CUUGAGCUAGGAGGGGCGAGCGCUAGCCGGCUGGCUCUAGCCCGGCAGGAGGAGGAGGAGGAGGAGGAGCACGCCGUCGCCUCCACAGCGGCCGCCCCAGACUCCCCUCCCCGGGCACCGGCGGGGAGAAUGACGGAGCUCCAGUCCGCGCUGCUACUGCGGAGACAGCUGGCAGAGCUCAACAAAAACCCAGUGGAAGGAUUUUCAGCAGGUUUAAUAGAUGACAAUGAUCUAUAUCGAUGGGAAGUUCUUAUUAUUGGUCCACCAGAUACACUGUAUGAAGGCGGCGUCUUCAAAGCUCACCUUACUUUCCCAAAGGACUAUCCACUCAGGCCGCCAAAAAUGAAGUUUAUCACAGAAAUAUGGCAUCCAAAUGUUGAUAAAAAUGGUGAUGUCUGUAUUUCCAUCCUUCAUGAGCCUGGUGAAGACAAAUAUGGCUACGAGAAACCUGAAGAACGCUGGCUUCCCAUCCAUACUGUGGAAACCAUAAUGAUUAGUGUAAUUUCUAUGCUGGCAGAUCCCAACGGUGACUCUCCUGCUAACGUUGAUGCAGCGAAAGAAUGGAGGGAAGAUAGAAAUGGAGAAUUCAAAAGGAAAGUUGCCCGCUGUGUAAGAAAAAGCCAAGAGACUGCUUUUGAGUGACACUUAAUUCAGCAGCUAGUAGCUUCACUUUUUUUCAGGCACUUGUGGUUACUGCUGAUGGUAAUCCUGCAACUGAUGAUUUCCAAAGAAUCUUGGUGUUGCCAGCUGAAAACUAAACAUGCAGCUUUUGAUGUCUCCAAUUGAGGAACAUGGCACUGUUUUUCCUGCACUCUAUCCACCUAAUGCUGGACUUCUGUUUAUACCAAGUUGGCAGACACUGGCUGGAACUGGGCUGCAAUAAAACAUGCCAGUUAUUAAUGCUGACAAAGAGCCUAACAAGUGCCAACAAGGAUUUGCGCAUUUUGAAAACUAAUGGAACUGCUUUAACCUUCAGGAAGAAUUGUAAAGAUGUGUACAUAGCACAACAUGAUCCGGAUAAUAUAUACUGUUCAUGUACAUCCACAAAUACACAUUGUACCAAAUAAUGCUGUCUUGUAGUUAGAAUAAGAAUCGUGUAAAUUCUAAAGAUUUUUAGCAGGUUUUCCAUUUUUCUCUUCUCCCCCCCCCCCUGGUUUUCCCUAUGAGUCUUUAAAAUUUCUCAUGAAGCAUGUCAGUCUAAAACAAAUUAGGAUUCAAAAAUUCCGUUUUAACUUUUUCUUUUCAGCCAUUGAAGAUUCAUUAAAAUCUCUCACUUUAAUAAAGUUUAAUACCUUUGUAAUGCUGUCCCUUCCCCCUUACCUUUUUCAGAUUACAUAAAUACAACACAGAUCUAUUACUUGAUUCUAAUGAUGACUUGAGCACUGUCAUCAGGAGGUGCAGUUCCUUCCCUUGCAUUAUGACCCAGCUGUGCUCAUCUCUUGGCUUGGAUGUAGCAAUAAGAUUUUACAGCUGUGGAGCACCCUUGAGCCUGUUAUCUUUCCCAAAAGGGUUGAGAGCAUUUGUUUUGGAAGUGGUCAGCUAAGUAUGUUAGCCCAAUAUAGGAUGAACUGCUUUCUUUUGAUUUCUUGCCUGGUUUGAAGUUGGAUAAAUAAAAGCAUGCAGAGCUGUAGGCUUUCAAGUGAGUUCUGGUUUUGCUAUCAAAUGCUAUUUCCCUUUCCCUCUUCUUCCUCUUUCCCCCUCUUUAUAUUUCUUUGCCUUUUGAUCUCCUGCAGGUUUUCCUCACUUAAUGUAUAAAGACAAAUUGCGAUGUAUAUUUUCAUGUAACUUGAUUUUGGAAUUCUGUCACCUUCUGUAGUGAGUUCUUCCAAAAUAUAAAUUUUUCCAAUA